UAGGGCAUCAUUAAAAGGGCUGAGGCAACCUCGGCAGAGCAGGCAGACAGCACGGGCCCUGCCAGGAGAAAGGAGCAUUCUGAGGAGAGUCUACGCACUGAAGCUCGAGAUGGUCCUGAGCGGGGCGCUGUGCUUCCGAAUGAAGGAUGCAGCCCUGAAGGUGCUUUACCUGCAUGAUAACCAGCUUCUAGCCGGAGGGCUGCAAGCAGGGAAGGUCAUUAAAGGUGAGGAGAUCAGCGUUGUUCCCAAUCGGUCUCUGGAUGCCAACCUCUCUCCAGUCAUCCUGGGCGUCCAGGGCGGGAGCCAGUGCCUGUCGUGUGGGAUGGGGCAGGAACCAACUCUGAAACUAGAGCCGGUGAAUAUCAUGGAGCUCUACCACAGUGCCGAGGAGUCCAAGAGAUUCACCUUCUACCGGCGGGACACGGGGCUCACCUCCAACUUCGAGUCGGCUGCCUACCCAGGCUGGUUUCUCUGCACUGUGCCCGAGGCAGACCAGCCUCUCCGACUCACCCAGCUCCCGAAGGACAGCAGCUGGGACAACCCCAUCACCGACUUCUACUUCCAGCAGUGUGACUAGGGCCACAUGCCCUGAGGGCUCCUGGGGCCAGCCAGCUCAGGCAGGGGCGGGAAGUGUAGGAGGACACCCGUGGUGAUCACCCCGCCUCUGCUCUCAGGCCCCCCCCCCCCCGCUUGGAGGGGCUGGGCACAUGGCCACUUUUCCUCCACCUGUUUCCCAGUUUGGGUAAAUCCCUCUGAGAUUUGGGGCUUAGUCCACAGUUUCCUUUUCUGUUGAGUGGCACUACUGGUGUGAAACCUUGCAAAAAGGUAAAACCUCUAAGAUAAACCCCUGAAGGGGUCAGGGUCAGGAGAGCAGUGGGAAUCCUUCAUGUUUUGUGGUAACUUACCUGGUGGCCCUGAGCCCCACAGGCCAACCCAUCCCUAGUGGAGCCUAUUAGGGCCACCAGCCAUCCACAUGAGGUCCGCACAGUGCAGAAGAGGGAGAGUGGUCAGAGUUAGGGACCCAAGACCCAGACCCUCCACCUUCUCUUUAAUUCGGCUGCCAUGAUAUGGUACCUUUUCCAUUUCUGCCCUCAUGCUGUAGCCACAGGCAGGAGAGGGUGGUGGUUUCGGAGGAAAUGGCUCCAACUCAGAAUAUGGAAGAUGGACGUGUCAUACCUUUUGAAACCCAGUACAAUUAAAACCCAAGAUGCUGAUGCCUAUUCACAUGGAAAGAUGUUCAUGACAUAUUGAGUGAGAAGAACAAGUUACAAAUUAUAAUUCGUUUUAACAACAACAAAAAACCUAUUUAUAUAUUUCUGCAUAGAAACAAAAGUCUGAAAGAGUUUACUUCCAUUUUAGCAAUGUCAGCCUGGUGGUAUUGGACAUGAUUUUUCUUUUAGUUCUUUUUAUUUAUCUGUAUUUUGUAAGUGUUCCACAAUAAAGACGGAGUACUUGUAAUAAUAAAAAAAAGUUAAGUUUGAAUAA